UAGAAGCAAUUGCUUCUCUUCAGUUACAAGAACAAAAAUUUGAUAGUGAUAUGACUAAUGAAACCGAGAAGAUUGAUCUAAAACCUCGAGCAACAGCUCCAAAACCUUCACCGACAGCUAUUGGAAAUUCAACUUUUUCAAAUCCAAAUCCAGGAAACAAUCCCCAAGUCCCUAAUAAACCAAUUACGUUACCAAUUCAUUCUCCUGUAUUUACAACGGGCGGAUUUACAACUACUGUAUUUACAACGAGUACAAAUCCUCCUAAUGUACAAAGUACUACUCAAACAAGCAAUGGAGACAUUUCUCCUACAACGACAAGUAAUAAUGCCAAUAAUUUUCUAAUUAUUGACAGUUAUUCUGAAAUCAUAUUAAUUAUGACUUGGUCUUUUGGAUAUAUAAUAAGUAUAAUUUUAGCUUAG